AGGAGGUGCAGGUGUUGCACGGCGCCGUUACCUGCUCGGACGAGGGCUGCGUUGCGGACGCGGCCGUGCCCACGCCGCUGGCGCCGAAGUACGGGUGGGGCGAGGGACGCGGGGCCCCAGAGCACGCUGGGGACGGAGACGCGGACAAGGUUCUGGGCGUGGUGCCAGAGGCGUCCACUGACGCUUCCAUUGUCGCUGGGUCCCCUGGGUCUUUUGUCAGGCGAACGUUGUCACUACUGGGAGGGGAGAAGCCGCAGUGGCAGUGGAAACAUCGCACUGGGUGGAAGGACUACGAUCGAGCCUCCUCUGACAAGAUCGAGGCGGCUUUCCAGAGGGGCCACCCGAAGGCCCGACUCAAGGCCGGCAAGAAGAGCAGCAAUCCAAUGGAGAUCUUCUUCGCAGACAUGCUCCAGCACGAUGCCGUCACGGGGAACUCGAGGGACGUCCGCAGGGUGGGCGCGGACCCGUGGUGGGACCGCUUGAAGCGAUACGCUUCGUCGUACGUGUAUGCUUGGGACACUGGGCUUCCGAGGACGGAAACGUUGGAGACGGCGAAGGCGCGCAAGAAGCUCAUUGAAGCGGGCGGCGUCAGCGGAGGUUCAUCUCAGCAACAGGUUCAUUACUACUCGUCUGGCCCUCUUGCGGACGUCGCCAGGAGCAAGGUCUUCCAGGGCUUCGGCACGUUCUUGGUCGCACUGAACGCGAUUUGGAUCGCCAUAGAGCUGGAUAACAAAGAUGAGAAGUCCUCUGUUGGGUUCCAGCUAGUUGAGCAUGCGUUCUGCGCUCUGUUCAGCCUGGAAAUCGCCAUCCGAUUCGCAGCCUACAGAAGAAAGUGGCUGUGCCUGAAAGACAGGUGGUUCUGCUUCGACACGGUGCUCGUGCUUCUGGUGGUGCUGGACUCGUGGCUGCUGCCGAUCGCUGGCAUCCUGGCGGGUCCUGAACACGGCGACGCUAUCAAUGGAGACUUCACGGUCCUGCGAGUCGCACGACUGCUGCGCCUCACGCGCAUGGCCCGCCUUCUGAAGACUAUGCCAAUGAUGAUGACGCUGUUGAGGGGAAUCACCACCUCUAUUCGCCCUGUGAGCAUCGCUGUGGGGCUGCUUAUGAUCAUCAUCUACAUAUUCAGCAUCAUCUUUAGGAGCUUGGUGAGCCUGAAUGAUCCCGGCGGGUUCCUCGAGAGGGAGUACUUUCCCAGCGUGACGUACACGAUGUUGUUUCUGUUGUUGCACGGCACGUUCCUAGACUCGGUCGGGACGACGGGAUUUCACAUCAAUCGGGAGGGCGGUGUCUUCAUGCUGUUCGUCUUCCUAUUCUACAUUUUUGCCACCAGCUUCCUCAUGCUCAACAUGCUGAUCCGGGUGGUUUGCGAGAUGGUGUCCAUGGUGAAAAGCAGCGAGGAUGAGGCCCUGGCAAAGGUGUCGCUGGAGUCCCGGCUGUGCGACAUCAUGGAGGUGUACGACGCGGACGCCAAAGGGGCACUAAAUCAGUCCGAGUUUGACCUGUUCGUCACCAACAUCGAAGUCGUACAGUCGCUCCGCCAUUUCGACGUCGAUAUCAAAGCGCUCAUAACGCUGGCCGACAUGAUGUUCUCACACGUUUCCCCGGGAAAUGAUGCCGACAAUUUUGCCUUGGGCUUCGACGACAUCAUGAGUUUGGCGGUGCGCCUCAAGGGCAACAGUGCGUGCCGUGUGGAGGACAUCGUGAAGAUGCGCGAGUUCACCAAGUACCGCCUCCAGGAGCUGGAGGAGACCCUGGUCAGCAACAACAGGAUGCUCGAGGAACACGUGGUGGCUAACCCCCGCCGCUCGCAGGCGGGCCCCGCAGAAACGGUGCGGAGCCAGGCUUUGCAGUGACGCGCGGGGUGGGACGCCCGGAGCCGAGAACCGCCUCGAGAGGGGGGAGGCCUGCAGAAGGCACCUACUGCGCACCGCAGUGCUUGGCAAGGGUCACCCUGGGCCCCAGAGUGGUGUACACGCAGACCCUCCUGGCCCCGGCCAGGCUUCGGCUCUGGCCCCUGUCACGGCUCCAGCUCUGGCUCAUUCCGGC